UGAUUGACCAUAUCGGUGUCCGAGCGUGCGACACGGACCCCUGUGACCUAACCAUGCGAAAACUCAUAAUUCUUAUCUCACUAUUUGUAUACGCAUCGUGUGGGACGAAAGACUACAAACACAAACGCGCAAAACUAUUACAGGAUGAAUUCUUACUAACCCUAGGAGGAAAAGUCAACCUUACCGAUAAAGAGAUCGCAGUAAACAAAUGUCUGAUGAAACACAAAGAGAACGAGCUCGACUAUGGAUUUGACCAUCCCGAGCACUUUAACUUAUCACACCAUUACUUUUCUUAUAGAGAAAGCAUAAAACAAUCGAAAGUGUACAAAAUCCUCAAGGAAAUGCCCAAAGGAGCGGCGCUGCAUGUCCACGACAUGGGAAUUUUAGGACCUGACUACCUCAUGAACAUCACUUACAUGGAGCAUCUGUAUGUGUGCUUUGGAAGCAAAUUGUUGCUUCAAUUCUCGCUGCGUCGACCAGAUGUUACGUGCACAGGGAAGUGGCAACUGAUGUCCGAAGCCAGGCGGCUUUCAAACAAUGUGACGAAAUUUGACGCCGAACUGAGGAAACAUUUCACCCUUGUUGUUGACAACCCAGAUAUCGUUUACCCAAGCAUUACAGAAACAUGGAAAGCGUUCAUGGAUUACUUCAUCACAGUCGCUCCAAUGCUGAGUUACAGGCCGCUAUGGGAGCAGUACUUUUAUGAUGCACUAAAGAAAUUCAGAGAAAGCAACAUCCUUUAUGUCGAAGUCAGAAGUAUCCUACCCAACCUAUACGAGCUUGAUGGAACAGUAUACUCUCCUCUUAUUACAGCAAUGGCAUACAGGAAGACAAUAAAAACAUUCCUAGAUGACUAUCCAGAUUUUGUAGGAGCGAAACUUAUUUAUGCACCAUCGAGAAAAGUGGAGACCUCCACAGUGAACGAGUAUUUGGAAUUGGCUAAGCUGAUCAAAAAAGAUAUGCCUGACUUCUUUGCUGGCUUCGAUUUAGUUGGACAAGAGGAUCUAGGGAAUCCGCUGGUAGACUUUGUACCUCCACUCCUGGGUGCGUCAAAGGAAUUGAACUACUUCUUCCACGCUGGUGAGACCGAUUGGUCUGGACUUCCAACGGACGAGAACUUGGUGGACGCUAUUCUUCUGGGCACAAAAAGAAUAGGGCAUGCAUACGCGUUGCUUAAGCACCCUCUACUUUUGAGGGAGGUGGUAUUUAACGACAUUGGGUUGGAAGUCAAUGUGGUCUCAAAUACUGUUUUAUCUCUGGUGCGUGACGUCCGUAACCAUCCUCUGAGUCUGUUUUUGGCCUUGGACCUGCCUGUGGUGCUUUCCAGUGAUGAUCCUGGUAUUUGGGAGGCUGAUGUGAUUACAGAUGACUUUUAUUUGGCCUUCGUGGCGGUGUCAAGUAAACAUUCAGACAUUAGGAUGCUGAAGACAUUAGCUAUGAAUUCAUUGAAGUACAGUGCCCUUAAUGAGACAUCAAAAAUUGCAGCAUUUAAUAAGUUCAACACCCAGUGGAAUAAGUUUGUGAAUGAGUUUGAUUGUUCUAAGUAUUAACGACGUAAGUAAAUUUUAUUAAUUGUGUAUAGAAUAUUUUUACCUUU